AUGUCAUGUUCAAAAAUAUUUUUAGGAGAUUUACCUGAAUUAGUAUAUGGAAUCAUCAAAAAUUUUCAGAAUGAUUAUUCAACCUUACACUCAUGUGUUUUAGUUAAUAGAUUAUGGUGUCGUUUGGCAAUUCCAUUAUUAUGGGAAAAUCCAUUUUUAACUCCUACCGGAAAUUAUAAUUUUAUUGAAGUUUACUUGUAUAAUUUGAAUGAUUGUUUAAAAACUAAAAUAAAUGAUUAUCAAAUUAUUGAUCAUUUAUUACCUUCGAAUACACUUUUCAAUUAUCCUAGUUUUAUAAGAUAUUUGGACGUAUUUAAAAUUACUCAUUAUAUUGAAAUGUGGUUAGAAACUAAUGAUAAAACUUCAAAUUUAGUUUUUCAAUCAGUAUAUGAAUUUAAAGAAUUAAUUAGUAUGUCAUUAAUUAAAUUAUUUAUUGAUAAUGAAAUAAAUUUACAUACUCUUAAAAUUACUAUUAGUACUUAUUUUAUUGCAUAUAUUAAUAAUAUUCUUGAGAUAAUUUUGAAAAAUCCAAACUUAAUUAACAAUAUUAAGAAUUUUGAAUUUUCUAUUUUAACUUCUAAUACGCUAAUUGAAUAUCGUAUAUCACAAAUAAUUAAUUCACAUCAAAAUCUUAAAAGAAUUUUAUUAGGUCAUGAUAGUUUAUCUUUAUAUCAAUCAUUAUUAUUAUCAAAAGAAUCUAAUUGUUCAAAUACCUUAAGCACAAUCAUUUUCUAUUAUGUCAAUUUUAAUGAUAGAAUUAAUAAUUUAGUUAAAGUAAUUGAAAAUUUAAAUGUUUUAGAAUCUGUUCAUAUCAUUUAUUGUUUUUCUUUAGAUAGUUUUAUUCAACAAAUUAUUAACUUAAGCAAACCAUUUAAACUAAAAUCUUUAUUUAUAACCGGGAAUUUUCAAAUUGAUUUAUUACAAUCAUUAUUACAAAAAUAUGGGAAUUAUUUAGAAAAUUUUGGAUACGGGGAUUAUUUAGAAGAUAUCUGUUAUGAAUUUGAUCGGUCAUUAACACAACAAUCAUUAGAAUUAACUAUAAAAUAUUGCAGAAAUAUCAAAUUUCUUGAUUUAUAUAGAAUUGGAAGCCAAAUUACUUCUCAAGUGUUCGGUUUAAUUGAAAAUAUCAAACAAAAUCUUAAUCAUCUUUCAAUCAAUGUAGGGAAUGGUAAUAACGAGUUAAUAUUACAAAAUUUAGGACAAAUACUUCCUUCUAGGCUUGAAUAUUUAAGUUUGGUUCUUCACAUUAAAACAAGUGAUUUUGAAGUAUUCUUAAAAAAUUCUCAAAAUACUUUGGUUGAGAAAUUGGUAAUUAAUAAUAUGGUGGAAGGAUUAAUAAAUAUUUUACCUUAUAUAAAAGAACAUAUUAUGAAGAAGAAAAGAGUCAAAUAUUUGGCUAUUAAGACUACUUUAUCCAUUAUUGAUUUUAAUAGGAACGAUGAAGAUUUGUUUGAUUCGAAAGAACAAGUGAAGGAAUUUAAGUUACAUAAUAUUAAAGUUCUAAAAUAUGCUAAUUUAUCUACUGGUAUUUACAGAUUUGUAAAUGAAAUUGAUUAA